AUGAGUGAGCAGAAUUUAUGCUAUGGAGAAAUGAAUCCACCUCAGAAGUCGAUGAAAAGACGAAUUCAAGUGAAGACAGAAGAUUCCUCGUCAGCCCCCUGGUGUCUCCUGGCUGGGACUCUGGGGGUCUUGAGCCUGGUGCUCGUGGCAUCUGUGCUAGCACUGGGGGUCCUGAUGAGAAAACAGUCUUCUAACCAAGGAUCCGAGAGCCCUUCUUCACUUCCCAACACCACAUCCCAGAGAGGAUGCUACUUUGGCUCUUGUGCAGAGAACUGGAUCUGGAGCAGAGGGAACUGUUAUUACGUUUCUAAGGAAUUCAGGACUUGGUCAGAGAGUCAAACUGCCUGCAGAAGCAUGAAUUCCAGCCUCCUGAAGGUAGAAAACAGAGAGGAAUUGCAGAAUUUUCUGAAGCUUCUGGCAUCCUAUUAUUGGAUUGGACUGUCUCGGAACGGCUCUAAUGAACACUGGCUAUGGGAAGACAGAUCUGAUCUCUCCCGUGACCUGUCUGUGCAAGACAAUUUCUCUCAUCGACACUGUGUGUAUUAUUAUGCACUGGGAGAUAAAUUUUCAUCUGAAAACUGUCUCCAGUUAUUGUUUUAUAUUUGUGAGCUAAGAGCUACAUAGACUUGAAAAUGCUUACCUAGAAAUAAUGUUAUUAAACCAUCUCAUUUAAGGGUAUCCUGGAAGGUUUCAAAGCACGC